AUGCAAGAGCAACUCGAGGCAGUCGAGAAGGCAGGACGCGACAAGGCGGCUGCGACUGCCCGCGCUGCUCAAGACCGCCGAAAUGAGAUCGCUGCUCUACAUCGCAGCCGCGACCAAGAUGUCCAGGCCGCUCGGUCGGCCGGGGACCUCGUCGGCGCCAAGCAGAGCGUUCUUCCAGUCAUGAUGGCGCCGCCAACGUCGCUCUUCUUGAGCACCCACGCUCCGAGAUUGGCGCGGACGACGAUUCCGACGCCGACGAGCUUCCUCCCGCUCCUCCGUCGGCUCCCGCGCGCGUCGAGCCUCCUGCUGGUGCUCUCGGUCUCGGACGUGGUGGUGGUUCUGGUGCUCUUGGUCGCGGUGGUGCUCUCGGUCGUGGUGGCGGUUCUGGCCGCGGUGCUUCCAACGGCCCAGCACACGGUGGUCGCCGACGACGACGAUCGCCUCGGUGGUCCUGUCACUCCAGUCUCUGCCGCCGACAGCACCCGUCGCAGUGCGAUCACCGACGCCUCGGCGGCGCAGUUUAGCUGCGCGCUCUGGGACGUUUUUGUUGACGUGCGCCAGGACUACCUGAUCCUCCCCGAUGUGGUCUCGGCGCCGGUGCUUUGCCUUCGCUCCAUCAAGAAGCACCAAAAGCUCGCCAAGUCCAUCUGGGUCGACCACGGGCAAGCGAUGCUGGAGCGUAUCCUCUUCAUCGAGUCGCCCGAGGUCCUUGCGCGCAAGGCUGCGCUCGAGGCCGUCAUCGCUCAUUUGCUCAUCGACCUUCAAGGCCUCCGGAUGAAAAAGUUCGUCCCGGCCAACACGCACAAGUUCCUUGCGUACCCGCCUUCGGACUUCCUCGCAUAA